UCGACCGCACAGUGACCGCGGGUGUUGUCUACGCCGCGUGGACCUACGUCUCCACCCUGCGUGCGCUCGGGGCCCACACCUGCCAAGAUCCAGAGCCCAAGCUACAGCGCGCGGGCGCGCGGAAGGAGGGAAAAAAAUUAGGGCGGUGGGGAUGGAGAGGGGGAAGGUGAAGAAGAAGGGGAAGGAGCCGGAGACGGAGAAAAUUCGGGAAAAAGGAAAGGAGAAAGAGAAAAAGGAAGUGGAGAAGGAGAAAAUUAAGGGAAAAGAAAAGGAGAAAGGGAAGGAGAAAAGUAAGUGUAGAGAGGAGGAAAAGAAAGAUCGAGAGACCGAGAAAGAGAAGGAAGGACUUAAGGGAAAAGAAGACAAAGCGAAGGAAGAUAACGCCUUGACUAAGCCCCCGCUGGAGCCUCGGGAGAAAAAUAAGCAGAUCCUUGUGUUGGGCCUGGACGGAGCAGGAAAGACCAGUGUUCUCCACUCUCUAGCUUUAAACAAAGUGCAACACAGUGUGGCCCCCACCCAAGGUUUCAACGAAGUAUGCAUCAACACUGAAGAAAGCCAAAUGGAAUUCCUGGAGAUUGGUGGCAGUGAACCUUUCCGUUCCUAUUGGGAAAUGUACCUGUCUAAAGGAUUGCUGCUGAUCUUUGUAGUAGAUUCAGCAGAUCACAACAGAUUACCUGAAGCCAAGAAACACCUUCAUCAAUUAAUUGGAACAAACCCAAUCCUUCCUCUGGUGGUGUUUGCAAACAAACAGGAUCUUGAAGCAGCCUAUCAUAUUACAGACAUCCAUGAAGCUUUGGCUUUGUCUGAGGUGGGAAAUGACAGGAAGAUGUUUUUGUUUGGAACCCAAGUAACUGAAAAUGGCUCAGAAAUACCCUCUGUCAUGCAAGAUGCCAAAGACUUGAUUGCACACCUGGCUGCAGAUAUGCAGUGACCAAGCCUGGGCCCACUGCGUUCUCAAUCUAAAUGUCACCAAGGAGUGCUGAGUGACAGGCUUGAAGCCAAAGGUUUCCACUGUCGAAUAAAAAAUAAGCCAUUUCCUAUUU